AUGGACUUCAAAGAGAAAGUAGUAGACUCGCUCUUUAUAGGGGGUGGCCCAGCCACCCUCGCUAUUAUAUGCAAAGCUAUCGAAGACAAGAAGUUAGCAUCGCUCAUUAAGAGAAAUAGUAUUGCUAUCCUAGAGAAAUAGCGGCUCUUUUGGAGGUGGUGAGCUACAGUUCUUUGGAAUCAACAGCAAUACAUCUGCACAAGGGUUUGUAAACUGCAUUCCAAAGACAGAUAAAGAGAGACUUUUAGCAGUACUGAAUCUUAAAAGACCAUCUCCAGCUUUUGAUAGCCAGAUGACAACGAAGCAGUCAGAGAAAGACCAUUUUGAAGAAAAGAAAUUUAAAGGAAAAUAAACAAGUUUGAUAUCAGAUAUCUGAAAGUAAUCAGCUUGGAACGGAAAUUUCUCCAGAAUCUGUGCAGGAUAUUAUUCAAGAUUCCGACCAGCAAAUUUCAUUAUCUGAUAAGUUACCUAGAGAAGAGAUAGAUAAUUUAAUGCUGCACUAUGAAUGGAGGCCAGCUCCAUUAUCUCUGAUAGGGACGUAUUUGAAUUAUGUUGGGAAUCAAAUUUUGAAUAAGAUAAAUAUAAUACAUAAUCAAAAAAUUUUCCACCCUUUCACAGAAGUAAUCAAUAUAAAACAGGUAUCUUCUGGAGACAUUCUCGUCAAGGCAAAAUCAACAAGGGAUCAUGAAAGCAAUAUAGUCCAUUUUAGGGCAAAAAGAGUUGUGCUAGCUAAUGGAGGUAAACCUACAAUCCCUUCGACUCUUUCUGAAGAAAUUCCAAGUGAAAAGUUAAUCGUUGCUGAUCACUUGCUGAAAUAAAGAUGGAUUUAACUCAUUCGUUACUACUCUUAAUGAUAAUCCUGGUAAAAGAAAAAUAGUUAUUAUUGGAGGGUCCCAUUCAGGAUUCUCAGCUGCAUGGAUUCUUCUCAAUGGCCCUGCUUGUUAUAAUCAUAACAAGGGUCUUGGCAAACUUAUUUUUAAGGGAAUUAUGCCUAAGCAAGUAAUCAGAUGAGCAGAUAAGUUUGGUUGUGGAAGUCAAUAUUGAGAUGCUCCUGUAAGCUCCAAUCCUAAACAAUCUCAAGCAUGUCAUUGUUUUGGCACAUUUGAUACGAGAAAAAUCUGGAAAUUUGAUGAAGCUCAGCAAUUACCUCAGUUUUCAGACUCAGAAAUCACCAUUCUAUACAAAGAUAAGAUUAAAGUGUAUUUUCAUGACUCGAAAGAUGCAUAUAGAUCUGGCUAUAAAGCAUUUAAAAAGUGAGAUAUUAAGAAAGAAAUAUAUCCUUUGACUGGCUUGCGAGGAGAUGCAAAGAAUCUCUACCUCGAUGUUAUCAAAGGUCGAGAGAAAAGAGUAAGGCUAAUGAAGGUCAAAGACUUUAAAACUCAAAAAUCUAUUAUUUCUAAAGCAGACUAUGUAAUACUAUCUUGAGGAUAUCAUACAUCUCCUAUCCCUAUCUUAAACGUUGAUGAUGAAGAGGUCAAACUUGCUGUUAAAGUGCCAGGAACACAAUGAGAAGUAGACUCUCAGUUACGCCUGAUGACAGCUGAUGGAGGUGUAUGAGCCAACAUCUUUGGAGUUGGUCUUGCAUAUCCUGCUCAUCUAACUCUCUCUUGUAAAGUUACCAAGAGCUCAAGUAAGUAUACUAGAGCAGAUGCUUUUCAGAUUUAUAAUAAUGCAAUUUCUGGCAUAAUCUUGAAGAAUUUGUUGCCUCGAUCGAAGAACUCCUUAAAAAAUCACUUCUUUUAUUCAAAGAGAGUUCCUCAAAAGAAAGAAAGCUUUUCAAAAGAAAGACAUUUGAAAAAGAAGCAAGAAAGAAUUAACAAGGAAUUUAUUUAUCAAAAAUAUAAAAGCUUUAAGAGAACAUUUAAUAGCACAGAGGAGACAAAGAUAUCAGAAGGAAAACCAAAUCUGAAGCUACCUAAAUUUUUCAUCAAGAAAUCGUUUCCCUCAAAUUCAAAGACCCAAGCUAAGAGUUUCGAGGGAGAAGAGCAGAUCACUCUAUCAAGAAAAGGAGAAGGCACCAACAUGAAGGAAUUCAUUCAAAAUUACAUUAAAGGAAAUCCUAAUCAAAGGCUGAAUUCUAGCCUUGAAACCAAGUGUAGAAGGAAUCUCAGGAUCUGUGAUGAAAAUAUGAAACAAAGAGGUCAUAAAAUACCUCUAAUGACACCAGAAAGAAUUCAUAUGCCAACUUCUCUACCUGUAUGUCCCUCUCAGAAGGUCAAGCCAUCUAUGGAGCAACCCAAAUUUGCGUUGCCAAAGAAAGUUCUGGGUUACCUAAAAUUCAAUGGAAAAAAUCAGCCCUUAAACCGCACGAGAGUCAAAAGAAUGCAAGGAUUUAUGCAAAAUAAAAAAUUUGUGCAAUAUAUCCUUGCUAAUAAUCCUCCACAGAAGUUUAUGAAUAAAAGGAAGAACAGGGCUAAAACUCUUGCUCGACCAAGGGUAGAUUAGCCAGGCUAGGUUUUUAUGGAGACUAUCUCACAGUGUCAAAAAAUGUAAGGAUGAUUACCCUGACUCUAAUAAACUCCAAUAUGAGUUAUAAAGCGUAUCUUAAUUUC